AUGGGGUCAACUUUUUGGGCAUUGAAUGCUGCCAAGAAGAAACAUGAUUCCGUCCCAGGAACGUCGAAAUGGAUUGCUAAUGAAUUAUAUUUGAUUAAUUCAGACGUCUUGACACACACCGAGAACAUCUUCCAAGAACUAAGUGAUGGGUUGGAGCUGAUGGUCAGCUUUACUAAGAGAGCCAUUGAUAGCCAAGAUUAUAAGGUUGAGUUUCUAUCGUCUAUGACUGAGAGGAGCAGCGCUCGUUCGCCAGGUGAUAAUUACAGAUCUCCACUAAAUAAAACAAGUGUGAGAACGAUAUCAUCACCCUUGAGAAGCUUGACAGUCGAAGAAAAUAAUAUGGCAAAUGAGGACAAUGACCCCGAAACUCCAUAUUUCCCUAAAGAGGUAUCGGCUCCAAGGACUUCUCCCAAUAUCGAUUUAUCAUUUAUUCCUAUAGACUCUAAAGCAGGUCGCUCUACAUCACCCGAAGAAGAAUUUCAAAAGUUAGCCCCAGGAUUAGAUGAUUCCUUUCAAGCGAUUAGCACUGCCAUAAGAAAAAGCAUCGCUGGGAAAACGGCUGCUGCUGCGGCUACUAAUAGUACAAGUGCUAAUUUUACAACCAUAGAUGGGAUAAAUCACUCGGCAAAUACCAGUCGCACAAAGGAUUUCAACAAGGAAGAAGUUGUAAAGAAGAAAGAGCCGGAAAACGGAGGCAUAAUUUCUGCGUCUCUGCGAGAAAAUUAUACACUAUCUUUGCCUUUGAAAGAAGAAUCGUAUCUGAGGCCAAAUACGACAAAAACUCCGAAAAGAAGCUCUGUGUUUGUAUCGUUGCCUUCUAGGGAACCGAUAAAAAUCAAUUCUUCCACAGUGAGUACCAGGGUAAAGAAUUCAAGCAUUAAGGGAAAUGCAUUAAAAGGAUCAGAGGAAGUCAAACCUGUGAUUUCUGAUGGUAAUAAAAAGGAUCAGACUCAAAUGUCCCCUGUCUUAAAAUAUCAAAAAAUAGGUCGAAUAGGGUCAAGUGGCAAAAGAAACUCCAAAAGCUUUAAAGAUAUCGAUGAGCACUUGAAUAUUUCUGGUAAAGCAUUCGAGGAACCAGCACUUGAUACCUCACUGUUGAUUAAUCGUGGGACAGAAGUUAUUCCAAAGUCAAGUAAGGGUGUUCGUAACCUCUUCCCAGAGCGGAAGCAUCCACAACCUUUAGGAUUACAUAUGUCAAACGGAAAUGUUUCGACUAAUUAUCUAUCCACCUUGAACGAUUCCCCAAGAAAAGAGGAGGGAAAGCAGAGAGGUUCUCCUAUGAGAUCCUUGAGCGCCCGUUCUUCGAUUCCCUCCAAGCAUUCUUCAUACCAGGAGCAGAGGAUGGGUUCAAAGCGCCUAAAGAAUGAUUUUAUGUCGCCUCUUGUUGAGCGACGUUAUCAGAAAAACUCAAUUUCUCCUAGGCUGAACCCUAGAAGAUCAACGGAAACACUUUCUGCUACUCGGAUAAGGAGGUCAAGGUCCCCUAUCUCCAAUGAUAGCAACGUCGCUCAUGAUUUCAACAUUGAAUACAAAGACUCGACUAAGACAGAGUCUGAAUUGAUUCAUAGAUUAAUGGCUCCAACAAGCUCCAGUGCUGCGAAGUCAAAUAAAGCCACUUCCGUCACCACGACUUCAAAGAGUCUCCCUCCUGAAACUAACCGACCAGAGCCUGUCCAGAAGAAGAAUAGGUUUCUUACAACUAUGUUAACGCCAACGAAUCCCCCAGCUUUGAACCCCUUGAAGCUGGCCCAUUUACCUGGAGUGCAAUUAGGAAAAUCACUUCGUUCACCCGUUAAGAAAAUCACGUCAGUUAAAGACGAUCAAGAUGUAAAAAUUCCUUUAAAAAUGGAGUCUAAUAACAUUCCAUAUUUGAAAAAGAAGUCUCUUAUGGCAGAAAGAAGUGAGGCUGCAGCUCAAAAACAAAAACAAAAAGUGAUGAUUUCAAUGAACCAUAACUUGAAAACUCAUAAAUCCGAAUCAGAUAAUGUCAAAUAUCUGCUUCCUAAGAGCAGGACUCCCACCUCAAGACCAGUUGCAGCGUCUUACAAUUCUAUUGAAGGUAAAGAUCAUCAUAGCAAAGUUCGAUCUUCUCGUCCAUCCAGAGAAGAACAAGGUAACAAGGUUGCGAUUAAAGUUACAGAUGAUGUUGCAUUACCUGAAAAGCUGCAUAAAAAUCUCACGGGUAAUGCAGUGGCUUUGCCCGAAGCCGCAAGAGGAGUCUUAGGAAGAAAUGAGAGCUCCAUUAGACGGCGAACUGCAACAAGAGAAGGUCUGCAAAAGUCGAUCUUAAGAAAGCAUCAAAUUCUUGACAAAAAAGCUAGCAGAAUAUCUAAUGUUGAAGGCAAAGCACGAAAAAGUAGGGCUGAUUCCGAGAUAAUAAAUGGACCCAAGACUCCUGCCAGAAAAAAUGCAACGCUAGCUGAUAUGUUGCCUGAAAUUCCCUCAGACGAGGAAGAUAUUGGUGUAACUCGGGAACGUAGAGUGUUCAAAGAUUGGGCACGUACCCCUGAGCUUCAUAGAUUACUCCUGAAAAACCGAGCCAUAAAUCCUGUUACAGUAUUUGGCGAAAUCCCAAAGUUAAAUAUGGAAGAGAUUUUUGAAUCUCUGUCUUCCCGGUUCAGAAUCAGACAAUCGCCAUCUCUGUGGUCUCCUGAUAGAGACCAAAAAGAGAAGGAAGAAAGGGAGUAUGCUGUACAAAUGGGCUUUGAUAAUGCAAGCUAA